UCUCUGCUGUACAGCGAAAGAGAAAAAGAAUCCUCAGCAGUUUUGAAGGUGAAACUGCUCUGAGAUUUUUCCUGAAUAUUUUGUCUGUCAACCCAACUGAGCAAACACCAUCAUUGAUCAUUACAGAUAAAUCCUCGGUGUUCCUCUGCAAAUUCAGUGGUUCUCUGCCUGCAUUGCUGACAUAAGUUUUGGCAUAAGGAUUGGUCUUGGUGGUGUCACUGGUAAGUUUGUUUAUUGUGCUGUUUGUCAGGACACAGAAGUUUUAUGCCAUUUUCAUAAAUUUGUUGUUUUGUGGUUAGUGUUGCCUUAAUAUGUGUACAAGAUUCUAGGCGUUGUUCCAAAAAAGAACUGUUUGUUUCUUCUUCGUGUCAGAUUUGUGUAAGGUGAUUGAUUGUGUCCAGCGAAAAAUUCCUAGGCUUCCACAGGUCCAAAUUAAGAGCGAUAUAGAUUUCAGUAUUACCUGUGAAUUCAUUCGUCGACAAUACAUUUUGGGUAUAACUUGUUUUGGGUAUUGGGUAUUUGUUUCAAUUGCAAUUCAGAAUCACUUGCUGUAACUGGUUUUGGGGAUCCUUCUUGUGUCCAUUACAGGAUUUCGGUUUUGUUUAGGUUGUUUGAACUGGUGCUUGAGCCACAAAAACUGUUCAUACCCAAGUGCUUGUCUUUGUAGAGUUGAUUUGGAUUCCAAUUAGACUGCCAAGUGUAGCAGUGACAGUUAAAGAUGGCAGCAGCAAUGGGAAUGGCUUCCUUAGCAGGCCCAGCAUCUUCGUUGGUCAUAAAUGGUUGCAGCAGUAAAUCAGAGUCAGGUGCUUCAGGAUUUAUGGUUUCUCAGAAGAAAAAUUAUUCAUCCCUUCGAAGAUCUGGCACAUCCAAACGAAAGAAUGGGAUAGUGUCUGCAAAAUCAAGCAAUGCCGAUGGAGAUAACAUCAUUAAGGACCUUGUCAAGAGGGACGACAGUCCUAUGAAACUUGAUUACAGUGGAGAGAAGCCUCCUACGCCAUUGUUGGACACGAUCAACUUUCCAAAACAUAUGAAGAAUCUCAACGUACAGGAUUUGAGGCAGCUUGCCAAGGAGCUCAGAGAAGAAAUUAUAUUUGGUGUUUCCCAGACAGGAGGCCAUCUGAGUUCAAGCCUUGGUGUUGUGGAUCUUACGGUUGCACUUCAUUAUGUGUUUGAGACUCCUGAAGAUAAAAUUGUCUGGGAUGUAGGCCACCAGUCAUAUCCUCACAAAAUAUUGACAGGAAGGAGGUCACACAUGUCAUCCAUCAGACAAACCUCUGGUAUAGCUGGUUUCCCCAAGCGCGCUGAGAGCGAGCACGAUGCAUUUGGUGCUGGACAUAGCUCUACCAGUAUUUCUGCUGCCCUUGGUAUGGCAGCGGGUAGAGAUCUUCUUGGGCGUCCUAACAAUGUUAUAGCUGUUAUUGGGGAUGGUGCAAUGACUGCUGGACAAGCUUAUGAAGCUAUGAACAACGCAGGAUUUCUUGAUUCAAACUUGAUUAUCAUUUUAAAUGACAAUAAGCAGGUUUCCUUACCAACUGCUACCGUAGAUGGCCCUGCUCCCCCAGUGGGUGCUCUGAGCAAAGCUCUUUCUAAGAUUCAGGCCAGCAAAAAGUUCCGACAAUUGAGAGAAACAGCCAAGGAUAUUACACAUCAAAUUGGAGGUGUAACACAUGAAAUUGCUGCAAAAGUGGAUGAAUAUGCCAGAGGAAUGAUCAGUGCUAACGGUUCCACACUCUUUGAAGAACUUGGACUAUACUAUAUUGGACCUGUAGAUGGGCACAGCAUCCAAGAUUUGGUAUCCAUUCUUGAGAAUGUUAAGGCAAUGCCUGCUCCAGGGCCUGUGUUGAUUCAUGUUGUCACAGAAAAGGGAAAGGGCUACCCACCUGCAUUAAAAGCAGCCGAUAGACUACAUGGUGUGGUGAAAUUUGAUCCAGCCACCGGCAAGCAAUUCAAGCCUAAGAGCCCAACACUCAGCUACACUCAGUACUUUGCAGAAGGAUUGAUUGCAGAAGCAGAGAAGGAUGAGAAAGUUGUAGCCAUCCAUGCUGCAAUGGGUGGAGGCACUGGCCUCAAUUUCUUCCAGAAGAGGUUCCCAGAACGCUGCUUUGAUGUUGGCAUUGCAGAACAGCAUGCAGUGACCUUUGCAGCAGGGCUUGCCACAGAAGGAUUGAAACCAUUUUGUGCAAUCUAUUCAUCAUUCUUACAGAGAGGUUAUGACCAGGUGGUUCAUGAUGUUGAUCUCCAAAAGCUCCCUGUGAGAUUUGCCUUGGACAGAGCAGGGCUUGUGGGGGCAGAUGGUCCAACACAUUGUGGUGCUUUUGAUAUCACUUAUAUGGCUUGUUUGCCUAACAUGGUUGUGAUGGCUCCUUGUGAUGAGGCUGAGCUCAUUCACAUGGUUGCAACUGCUGUCGCCAUUGACGAUCGACCAAGUUGUUUCAGAUUCCCCAGAGGCAAUGGAAUUGGUGUUCCUCUACCUCCCAACUACAAAGGAACCCCUGUGGAGAUUGGCAAAGGCAGGAUCCUUGUAGAAGGGACUCGGGUUGCCAUUCUUGGAUUUGGUUCAAUAGUUCAAAACUGCCUUGCAGCUGGAGAGAUCCUAGGCAAACAAGGCAUAUCAGUUACUGUUGCAGAUGCACGUUUCUGCAAGCCUCUAGAUGGGGAGUUGCUUAGAAGAUUGGUGAAGGAACAUGAAAUCCUUCUCACUGUCGAAGAAGGGUCCAUUGGAGGAUUUGGAUCUCAUGUUUCACACUUCCUAGCAUUGAAUGGGCUUUUGGAUGGAAAGCUCAAGUGGAGGCCAAUGUCGCUCCCAGAUAGAUAUAUAGAGCAUGGAGCUCCUAAAGACCAAAUGGAAGAAGCGGGAUUAUCAUCAAAACAUAUUGCAGCUACUGUUAUGUCACUAGUAGGGAAGCCUCAAGCUGCUUUUGAUCUCCAUUAAUUUUUUAAUAAUUCCCAGAGUUUCUCAAGACUAGUAUAUUGACAAAGAAAAAACAAACAGCUGAAAGUUUCUGUCUUGCCCUUCAAUGCAAAGGUUUUAAAGAACAAUGGUAAUAUUUCAUUAUUUUGGCCACCAUCUUCCUUGGAGAUAAUGCUUAUGUAUAAAGCUUUCCUAUAAGGAAGGGCUUUUAAAUCAGUUUUAUAUGUAGGAAACAAUAACUCCUUGUGAAGUUUUAAAAAUUAUAUUCUUUGAUCUAAGAUCGAAGUGAUUGCUUUGAUAA